UAAAACAUAAAGCGAGAAAAUAACACGACAAUUUCGCCAAAAAUCUUUCAAUUAUUUGUGCUAAUUCAACAUUUUCCUUUAGCAAACAUCUAGUUUAGUAUCAGAAGUACAAAUCUAUUCAGUKGAAAAGAAAUUCAAGUGAUUUAUUUUUCUGGAAAUUGAAACAGCUGAGCCACGAUGAAGAAUCUUACCGAAAUGAAGAACGAUCUUAAUCGAGUUGGAUUGUUUAGCGAGUUGGGAUACAUCUCGAUUGGUGAUCCUUACAAAAGAAAAAGUUUGAACUUCAACUUGGCUGCACACAAAGGUAAACAGAUGCUUCCAGGGGGGAGCAAGAUAAGGUGUGCACGACAGGAUGGCUACUUUGAACAAAAGUUUAGUCGCAUCAUGGAACAAGAGGCCUUCUCGGAUCCUGUCAAACGCAGACGACAAGAACGACUGAAAGCUGCAAAGCUGAACAUUGGAAAAGCAUUUGUUCCUAGUAAUGGUGACAAGUGGKCUUCAGGAGCUGGGAGUCACUAUGGGACAUUUUCUGGUCCUGUCUCAGCGUUCAGUCCCCUUGGUAAAGGAAAGAAGCCUCAUGCGCCUUCAGGAAAAAAUUUCUUAACAAAUCCCGCCAAAAAAGGAACUGGCUAUGGAUAUUUACAUGUUACCAUUGGCAACCCUCCCAAGUAUAUGACUGAUGGAUAUGACAGAGCGAAGGAGAUGAGAAAGUCUGAUACUGAAAAAAGUUUGAAGAACAGACAAGGYGGUGCCUUCAAGCUGAAUCUUCACCCAAAAGAUUUCUUUGAUGGAAAUCCRUACAAAUCUGACAGAGCUCUACCACCUGUUAAAGACCUAAGAAAGGCAAAACCAGACUUCAAACCAUUCAAACAAAGCUCACCAGGAAAAGAGAUUGGAGGAUGUAAGGCGGGCUGCUUUGAUACCUACCCUUCYCACUCCGAAGAUCCUUAUAUGGUGAAAAAGAAGAAAAGUGCUGACGGAGAGAGAAGAAUAUUCCGACCCUCGCCAGGCCCUAAAUCCACACCUAUGCGAUCCAUUAUUAAUCAAAAUGUUGAAAGGAGAAUCAACAGAUUGAACUUCAAACARCCAAUCACAACAUCACUUUAGACCAAGAACCAUCAUUAAAUUAAAACAUAUUAAAACUUAGCUUCUAAUAUCCAAUAUGAGUGAAAUCUUUCAAAGAYGUAUAAAUAAUAGUUGUUUUGAUUUUUGAAAGAGUGCUUUUCGAGUAGUAUAUUACUAUUCUAGAAAAACGGAAGAAAAUUGUACAAAAUUGUACUCUUGCCUUAUUUUUCACUACAUUUCUAUGUUUUUUUUUUAGAAGUUGAACAUUAUUGUUCAAAUAAAGAAAUAAAAAAUGAUGAUUGUA